UGGGUGCUUAUUACGUGAGAAUCAAUCAAUUGAAAUAUGCGUAAAGCGCCCGUCCAAGAAAACUUGGAUACUUGAGAAUGAUAUCUGCAUGUUUCUGAUGCUCAAGGAUGUAUAAAUGAAACCAGAAGUUGACACUAAACCUGGAGAGGGGAAGGUGCUUGUUUUGAUCAUCAUUCCCGUUAUUACUGCAGACAUUCUGUACAGUACUAAUGGAAGAUCCAAAUUGGGUCGUACAAGUCGAUGUUGAAGUAAAAAAUAUGAGGGAUACUUCAGAGGAAACAAAGCAGUGGAAAAAGAAUUCAAUCUAUGAAGUACCUGCAUGGGUUAAAGAUCUAAACAAAAAGGCCUACAUGCCCCACACAGUGUCCUUCGGUCCUUACCAUCACAGGAAAGAACCUUUACAGCGGAUGGAGGAGCAUCAGCACAGGGCAUUGCUUCGUUUCUUCAGGAGAUGUGGAAAAUCUGUUCAAUCGUUCCUCGAGGCUUUAACUAAGGUCGUGCAGGAUUUGAAAGACUCGUACGAGCCGCUCGAUCCCAAAUGGGAAAAGGAUACACACGGAUUCUUAAAAAUUAUGACUCUCGACGGAUGCUUUAUGCUGGAAAUCCUGCUUGCCAGUACUGCGGAUCAAUUGGAGGACGAUGAUUCCAAGGAUCCGAUAUUCAGCAAACACGGGAACCUGUAUAUCAUGCCCCAUAUCAGGCGCGACAUGCUGAUGCUUGAAAAUCAGAUCCCAAUGCAGGUUUUUUCACAAACCAUAACUCUUGAGCAGAAAAAAGAACGUGCCAAUGCACUCAUAGUCAAGUCUUGGUUCCCCAACACCCAUUACUCAGAGAUGGGUAACUGUCUGCACGUAUUGGAUGUUUAUAGGAAGAUCCUGCUUCAACAAAAGGGAAACCAUAAAAAACAAGAGGGGAGACCACUCGGAAAGGACAAGUCAAGUGGUGACGAGAUCAUAAGAUCUGCAACAGAGCUUAAUGAAGCUGGAAUCCAGUUCAAGGUAAACAAAAAGGGGAGCCUCAAAGACAUCACUUUCGCUGGCGGGGUGCUUAGGCUUCCUCUCAUCGUCGUGGACGAUGCCACCGAGUCGAUAUUCCUGAACUUAAUAGCCUUUGAGCGUUUCCAUGUCGGGGCCGGCAACGAGAUUACCUCCUAUGUCUUUUUCAUGGACAACAUCAUGGACAAUGCGAUGGACGUUGCCCUCCUGCGUUCGAGCGGCAUCAUACAGAAUGCCAUUGGAAAUGACAAAGCUGUCGCCAAGCUCUUCAACUCUCUCUCCAAGGAUAUAACGCUCGACCCAGAAAGUAGCGUCGAUGUAGUGCAUAAAAGGGUCUGUGAGUACUGCAAGAAGCCCUGGAACAAGUGGCGGGCCAAUCUCAUUCAUGCCCAUUACAGAAAUCCCUGGGUUAUUCUCUCCCUUAUAAUUGCUGCCAUCUUCCUGUUUGCGGUCAACAUAGUACAGACCGUAUACACAAUACUAGGUGUCAAAUGAUUCUCCACCGCCUUCUCAUUACUAUAAACCUCCUAUUCCUGACCUCAAAAUGCCUCGCCAUUAACAUCGGUUGCAUACGCAGAGGAGUGGAUCCCAUUCCUAGCCCCGUUUCUGUGGUUUUAUAUUGAGUUUGCUUUGGGUUUUGGAUAAUGUUCUCCUUUCCAUGAUACCUUUGCGUGAUCUCGUUUUAUUGAUCUCGUUUCUGCUGCGGGUUUGACAAUGGGCUUAUUUGUUUGUUUGUUUUUUUUUUUUUUUUUUUUUAUUAGUGAUAAUGGGGCUGUUCGAUAAUCUUCUCUUCCUCGAUGUCAUCUGAAUAAAAUGCCAUACAUAUGUUCCCAAUAAUGUAAUCCCAGCUUUCUUAUGAUAGACAUAUUUCUUUACCA